AUGCCCAUAUCCCACUCUCCACCCCACACGGCCCCCUCCCCCUCCCCCCCUCCAAUCCCCCACACCACAACACCCCCCCUCCACUCCCACCCCCUCCCCCCCACCAAUUCCCCCGACCCCAAACCCCCCCCCCCUGCUCUCUAUCCCCAUAUCCACCUCAACACCCUCCACCGCCCCUCCCCUCGCCCCCCCCCCGCCCCUGACACCAAGCCCCCCCACCACCACCCUCCAUCCGACCCCUCCUACCUCCCCCCCCACUACGAGCCCACAAUCCCUCUACCUCCCCCAACCACGCGGGACCGCGCUCAGCUCCCCCCUCAUACUCCCCCCCCCACAUCCCUCUACUCCAAGCUCAUACCGACCCCCACCACCCCUCAGCCCCCUCCAAUAUCAAUCCCACAGCCACCCCUAACCACUACUCUCCCUUCCCAGCCCCCCCCAAAGACAUCCCCCCCCCCCCCCCCCCGAAACCCCCUCGUCCCACCCCCCCACAACCCCCCCACCCACCAACACCGCCACUCACGCUCCACAAACCCCCCCCGAAAACCCUCACGGUACCCCUACCACCUUCUGCCCGCCACUAGUAGCACCCACCGCGCUCGCCCCCCCCCUCCGUACAACAACCCCUAA